AUGAGCCAACGCAAGCGUCAGCGGUCGCCAGACGCGAUGGCGAUCGACGAAGAUGAGAGACAGUACGUCGUCGGCGGUAUGACGCUGGCUGAACUCGACGAGAAGUACCCGAACCGUCCGCGGAACCACUCGCAGACCAUGCGCUUCUCGGAACUUUUUCAGAGCCUCUUCAACCCACUCAACGAGAACAAGAAGCAGCCUCCCGGCAGAGGACCACCGCGCGCCAAGAGGGGCCCUCAAGCAACCAAGCUCUCGCCCCAGGAACAAAGACGCCACAUCAUCGAGCGCUUCAUCUCGCGAUGGCGCAACGAAGUGGGAAACGACAUCUACCCGGCAUUCCGUCUCAUCCUCCCAGACAAGGAUCGCGACCGCGGCGUCUACGGAUUGAAAGAGAGCGCCAUCGGCAAGCUCCUCGUCAAGCUCAUGAAGAUCGACAAGAACUCGGAAGACGGCUACAACCUUCUCCACUGGAAGCUCCCCGGCCACACCACCGCGUCGCGACUAGCGGGCGACUUCGCGGGUAGAUGCUUCGAGGUCUUGUCGAAGCGGCCCAUGCGGACGGAGGUCGGCGACAUGACCAUCGCUGAGGUCAACGAGCUGCUGGACAAGCUUGCGGCGUCAACCGGCGAGCUCGAGAACCUCGAAGUAUUCGAGAUCUUCUAUGAGCGCAUGAACGCGGAGGAGCUUAUGUGGCUGAUCCGUAUUGUGCUGAAGCAGAUGAAGGUCGGCGCGACCGAGAGGACCUUACUCAACCUAUGGCAUCCGGACGGUGAAGCGCUCUUCAGUGUGUCGUCGAGCUUAAGGCGUGUCUGCUGGGAGCUGUGCGACCCCAAGGUCCGCUUGGAGCAAGAAGAUACGGGCGUCUCGCUCAUGGAGUGUUUUCAGCCCCAGCUCGCGCAGUUCCAAAUGCCAUCCUCGUUCCAGAAAAUGGUGGAUUACCUCCGGCCGACAGAGGACGACCCCGAGUUUUGGAUCGAGGAGAAAUUGGACGGCGAGCGCAUGCAAAUGCACAUGAUGGAAGACUCCGCUGCACCCGGAGGCUUUCGCUUCUGCUACUGGUCUCGCAAGGCCAAAGACUACACCUACCUGUACGGCGUCAAUCUACGGGAGGGCGCCUUAUCUCGCCACAUCGGUAAUGCCUUUGCAGAUGGCGUCAGGAACCUCAUUUUGGACGGCGAGAUGAUCACUUGGGACCCGGAGGUCGACAAGAUAAUGCCUUUCGGAACGUUGAAGACGGCGGCUCUCGCGGGCCAGGACGCGCACAACACAACUGGUCCUCGCCCGCUUUACCGAGUCUUCGACAUCCUCCUCCUGAAUGAUCAACCGUUGACACAGUACACCCUCCGAGACCGCCACCGAGCACUGGAAAAGGUCGUAAAAGGAGUUCACCGAAGACUCGAGAUCCACAAGUACGAAGCAGCAACGUCGCCAGACGCCAUCGAGCCGCUCCUCCGCAAAGUCGUCGCGGAGGCGUCCGAGGGUCUCGUACUCAAGAAUCCGAGAUCAAUGUACCGCCUCAACAGCCGUAACGAUGACUGGCUGAAGGUGAAGCCCGAGUACAUGUCCGAGUUCGGAGAGUCGCUAGACUGCGUCGUUAUUGGCGGCUACUACGGCUCCGGACGCAGAGGCGGUGCUCUCUCCAGCUUCAUGUGCGGUCUUCGCGUCGGCGAAAAUCACAUCCAAGCCGGCGCCAGCCCCGAGAAGUGCUUUAGCUUCUUCAAGGUCGGCGGUGGUUUCAGGGCCGAGGACUACGCCGAGAUCCGGCAUCGGACGGAGGGCAAGUGGCACACGUGGGACGCGAAGAGGCCGCCUGUCGAAUACAUCGAGUUGGCUGGAGACAGCCGCCAGUUCGAGAAGCCCGACGUCUGGAUCCGGCCGAAAGACUCUUUCGUUCUCGAGGCGAAAGCGGCGAGCAUCGGCUCGUCAGACCAGUUCGCCCUCGGCUUCACCCUUCGAUUCCCACGCUUCCGCAAGCUGCGACUGGACAAGAACUGGAACGAGGGGCUUAGUGUGCAGGAGUUCCAGGACCUUCGCAAGCGCGUGGAGGCCGAGUCGAAGGAGAAAACGAUGAGCGUCGAGAACCGCAAGCGUAGGACGACGAAGCGUGUCAAGCGCGAGUUGACUAUUGCCGGCACGGAGAACAUGCUUGUGGAGUUUGAGGAAGCAAAGACGAAACUCUUCGAGGGACUCGAAUUUUGCGUCUUGUCGGAGUCGAUGAAACCGUUCAAGAAGACCAAGGCCCAGCUCGAAUCGUUGAUUAAGGAAAACGGUGGCCAAAUCUCCCAGCGCGCGGUUCCCCGGUCGGGAAUGAUUCUCUUAGCGGACAAGAAGGUGGUCAAGGUCGCCAGUCUCGUGAAAGAGGGACAGAAGGAGGGGGGCGUUGACAUCAUCCGGCCUAGGUGGCUGCAAGACUGCCUCUCGCAAGAUGAUCAAUUCGUCCUACCUUACGAAGAACGACAUCUCCUACACGCAACCGAGGCAUUGAAGACUGUCGCUAUCCAGAACACGGAUAUGUACGGCGAUAGCUACGCCCGCGAUAGUACCGCCGACGAGCUUCGAGACAUCUUCAAGGAUAUACCAAAGAAAGAGCCAGACGCUCCAGCUUUCAACAAGGCACAAUUCUUGAACCAACUGGAGGAGCGGGGUCACAGCGUGGGUCAGAUGAAGGGGGCGAUAUUCCACCGCUGCCUGGUUCAUCUGCACAACGCGGAUGAUGGGGAUGGUGUCGACGAGGUCGGGCUAGUGAAGCUUAGGAACUUCCUGCUGUAUGGCGGCGCCCGGCUGACGCCCGAUCUCGAGGACGAGGAGGCCACUCAUGUUGUGAUUGUGGGCGGUGGAGACCGCCGAAAGGAAGCCGCGGCGGACCUGCGAAGUCAGGUCAGCACCCGACGGCAGAUCCCUCAUAUCGUCGCUGCGGAAUGGGUGGAAGACUGCUGGCGUGAGAAGACGCUGCUUGAUGAGGAGAGAUACACGCACUUGUGA